AUGAUGGUUCUUGUACUAAUUGUGCGCGCCGAAAGAGGACCUGCAGUUUCCAAUGGAUCGAGAAGUUCACAGGUGGUCGGCACCGGCGCCCAAGCGGAAGAAGCAACACUGGAGACUUACAGACUAUUGAUGGAGAAGCGAGUGUUGGAAUCCAUCACUAAUCGGAGACAACACGCGCUGACGCUCCACAAUGUGCUAUGGGAUAUUUUCACCAGUCUUUAUGAACCGCAAUUGGGCUUGUGGAUAGGGACUGAAUGCAAUCCUUUCAAGAGGUUGAACACUGCUCCUAAGACAUUGAUCACACGAUUGAUGGUGCUGCUAGACAGCUCUUCAGUGCCAUUUCCCGACAAGCCAACUGUCGAGACACUCGGGCUCCUGGACAUGCACUUAUCCCCUGAACACGCGGCAGAGCAGGAGUGUAUCAUUAAUCAAGCGUUGAUAAGCGCUGUGCACGCAUUUUCCGCCCGCUGGCUGCCACUAUGUUGUUUUGGAGAGGUAGAGCCAACGAAGUUGCAACAUCUAAAGACGGUGAAAGAACAUUUCGUUGAAUGUAUCUGGAAACGAGCUCAGAAAGAUGUCACACAGGUCUUCACACGACCAAGUUAUCGUUCGAUUCUGGCCCUCUACCUGUUCGGCGUUACUCCAACCUCCUCAAAGAAUCCAUAUCGACGAAUUGCCGAUCACUGUAUGGAAACUUCUCUCCGACAUUAUGUCCAAUUGAGAGCGAAGAAGAGAAUCGCAGUCAAUUCAGCCACUCCACCAUCUGCAGGAAGUGUUCAAGCCUCUGGAAGCAUAGAUGAGCCAGCCACAAACCAAGCCGCUCUUGAGGAGUUUCAGCAUCUAGAGGACACUGCGUAUUGGUUUGGUGUUGUCAUUGACGGAUCCAGGGCCUUGACUCGAUGCCAACCGUCCGUACUACUUCCCGGCAUGACGGGAGAAUCGAAUGUUUGGAGCCUGAUUAAAAAACAAUCUAAGAAUUUCAGCACUGUCAACCAGUCAAUAAUAAACUCGAAGGCCUUAUUAACGGACGAGACAGUUACGACAAUGGUCCAAUGUGGCUUCUCAUGUAAAACUCUCUUCUGGAAGGCCGUCUCUCGCCUCCAGGAACACCUCUUUCACCAGACAAUUGAAGUUCCCUUUUCGGAAAUAAUGGAGAGCAUAGAACAGGAGAUGAAUCGAUUCGAGGAGACUUUUACCCCUUUCCUGGAUAGAUGUGGGAGAGACUACAUUCUUCUUUCGGAGAAAUCGCGAAUCAGCUACUUAAUUCUCAGCUUUCAUUUUCACCUAGGAAUCCUCAUUCUAGUUGACACGCUUGACUGGAACCAUGAAGCUUUCCGAACGGACACGAUCCUUGAUGUUGAAGCCUGUCGGCUCUCCUCGACUCGAGCGAUAGUGACUUUGAUCAACCUGAUGCUAUCGCAAAGUGACAAUUUCCCUAGUGACGAUCCGACAAGCAUUAUACUAAAAGACCCAUACCCUGAGCAUACUAGGAAUGGCCUUUCCAGGGCCGCAUAUUCUGUUCUGAAGCUAUAUCAAUCUCUAUCGCUCCCUAAGCAAGUAGCAGAGAUCAUGGCAUCGUCUCUUCUUGCUGGAUUGGAAGUUCUGCGACAGAUUUCAUACUCGGCAACAGACUCAUUGAACAGUCUUCAUGCUGCAUUCUCAAAGACGGAUUUGCUUAUCAGAUACCGACAACCUGCACCUUCAACUUAUCUGACAGCCGUACCUUCUCCUUAUGGGGCAGCAUUAACCCCCGAGCUUUUUGAAGAGGCAACAUUCAAGCAACUCGACCUGGCAGGCGAGGACCCUUAUUUGGUCAACAAUACAAUUGGGCGACAUGAGACAUAUGAAUUUCCCGACGACUUCGCUUGGUUUGACUUGGACAGCACAGAAUUUGAUUUUAUGAAUCAAGACUGGUCGUUCCAGGAUUGCUUUGCAAGUGUAUAA